GACUUUUGUGUGGAUAGCAUGUGUAUUUAUUUUUGGGGAUCUUGGGGAAUGAUCUUGGGAUAAUGAUUUAGACUUUUUGUAUUAUAACAGUUUAUCAGCCCAUUGUUUUGUCAUAAUGAUGGAGAUAUGGCCCCCUUUCAAAGAUAGGUGAUACAGCUAUCUUUUAUGGUAAUUAGCCUUACUAGAUCUAAAAGGUUAGUAAAAAUGUGAAGAUGAGUAUGGGAAAUACAUAAUUCUUCAAAGAGUGCAGUCUAGAUUUUUCACAGGAUCAGAAGGCUUGGAAUGGAAUUGGCUGCCCUUGAUGUGACUGAUCAAGUUAAUUCACUUCUCUUGUGCCUUACAAACAUGUUUCUCCUGUGCCUGAGGGAACACAUGCUUCUUCAUGUGUAAAAUGAAACAGAUUAAAUUGUACCUGAGGUCUCAUCUUUUAAUAUGAUUUUGAUUUCCAGUGGAAUGAAUCAUUUUUGGGAAGAGGGCAUUUAAUUUGUAUUGGGUGCUUCUCUAUGUUAGAAGCUUUUCAGCCUUUUCACUGCCAAGGCAAUAUUUAAGGAAGAUAGGAUGAUCCUCAAGGCUCAGGGAGGUCAUAAACAAAUGGCAGAGCUGGAAUUUUACCCUAGAUCUGUCACAGACUCUAGAGCACACAGUUUUUCUGCUGUGCCACAUUAACAGUUCUCAUCUUUUUAAAGCUAGAGUAGGUCAUUGAAAUUCUAAGUGUUUGAUGUUAAGGGUAGAAUUUAACUGGGACAUUGCUUAAGGUUGCUAGUUUUAGAAUCUGCAGCAUAGCUUUGUGGGUUUGUUUCUCUUAAAAGAGAACCAUUAACCACUCUUUUAUUACUUCCCUCUGCGCCAAGGACUGUUAUGCAAUGUAGAAGAUGGGAAUGUAACAGACCUCUGUAUUGAAGCUGUGUAGCAUGCCCUCCAUGCAAGGCAGCCCGGCCACCCUGACUCUUCUUGGCAAGUUGGUGGAUACCAUCCCUGCCUUGGCAGACAAGCUUGUAAUGGAGCAUGGUGGCCUGAUGAAGCAUCUGCUGAGAGGCUUGGUAUACCCCAAUGAAGGGGUUCAAGCUUCUGUCUGUUACUUGUAUGGGAAGCUCUACUCCUCACCCAUGGCUGCUGAGAUGCUUUCAGGCCAUUUCCGGGAGAAGCUGUGUCCUCUCUUUCUUUCUACCCUGGAAGGUGCCCAGACUAAGGAGCUCCAGAUCAACUGCUUGGGUUUGUUGAGGCAGCUGCUGAAGUAUGAUCUUUUUGUGUCCAUGAUCAUGAACAAAUCUGCACUGGCAGAAACUGCUCAGAGUGUGGAGGGGCCACCAGGAGAGACCUCACUGCCUUUGGUGCUCAAAAAGUUUCUCCUUUCCAGAGAUGAGACUCUGCAGGUGGCCAGUGCCCAUUGUAUAACUGCAGUGUUGGUCCACUCUCCAGUGAAGCAUGCCCCGGCUUUUAUCCAUGCUGACAUCCCAGAAUUCCUCUUUGAGCAUCUUUCCUCAUCCAGUGAAGUGCUCAUCUGGUCCAUCUACAACUGCUUGAUACUCCUGGCAGAAGAGCCACUCUUCUUUUCCAAGUGUCACACGGUGUAUGGGAUUGAGGCAGUGGUGAGGAGCCUCCAGGGAAGCCUGAAGCUGACCAACACAGAGCUGCACAAGCAGGGCCUGCUGCUGUUUGCUGAGAUCCUGACUAGGCAGCCGGAGGAGAUCAGGCUGUUCACAAGCUCAGCCAUGUGUGGGGAUGCCGGCCGUGCCCUCCAAGAGGCAGUGAGCAGCCCUGUGCUGGAGGUGGCUGCUGAGGCCGUGAAGGCUGCUUCUGCUUUCCUGAGGAAGGACCAUCAGAGUGCUCCACCUGUGCAGUACCGGGCCCUGCGGGCCUUGCUGGAAGCCAUGCUGAGCCGAUGCUGGGAGUUUUCCCAGACCCCACUGAACAGGAGGUCCUUGGGCAAUAGAGACUCAGAGAAGGCCAUUCUUCGAAGGGGAAAGUUCCUCCUGAGCACUCUGGAGGGAUUUAGAAAUGCCUGCAGGUUGGCUGUGGAAUUCCAGGGUGAGCCUAUUGCCCAAGAGAAUCCCUUCACAGCUCCCAGUGCCGAGAAGGAAGACACCUUGGAGGACUUCUCAGAAUUUCUUCUCAGUGCCUGCGACUCCCUGUGUAUCCCCAUGGUGAUGAGGCACCUGGAGCAGGCUACCCACCCAGCCUUGAUGGAAGUUUUCCUCUCGAUUCUGCACAGCCUCUUUAUCAUCGUUCCCCACAUGAAGAAAAAGUUCUCCAAGAAGCUUGCUGCCUCAUCCUUCAUACGACUGACCCUGGAGCUCAAAGCCAGGUUCUGCAAUGGUUCAAGCCACUCAGCCCUGAACCAGGUGUGUUCCAGUUUCCUUUACUGCAUGUGUCUCAAUCUCCUAUCAGCUCCAGAGAAGACCAGAUCACUUUCCCAAGAAGAACUCUCUGCAGUGUCUGAGCUCCUGCAGCAUGGGUUGCCCCAGAUAAGCAGCAGGAGCCCUGAGAGUGUUGCCUUCCUAUCUGAUCGCCAGUAUGUGGAGGGAACUGCUCGCCAGAGACAGUACUGCAUCCUGCUCCUCUUCUAUCUGGCCUACAUCCACGAGGACAGGUUUGUUUCAGAGGCAGAAUUAUUUGUGGCUCUGCAAGGCUUCCUCCUGUCUCUGCAGGACCAGGGUGAGCACCCACCUCCAGUGGUCUUCAGAGCCUCCAUUUAUCUGAUUGCAAUCUGCCAGGACAAGGACAGUGCACUAGAUGAGGCUGUGGUCAGUGCAAUCAGAAAAUUCUUGGAGGGAAUCUCAGACCUGCACCUGGUCUACACCCACCACCCCCUUCUGCUCCGGUUCUUCCUUUUGUAUCCAGAGCUGAUGAGUAGAUUUGGGCACCGCAUCCUGGAACUUUGGUUCUUCUGGGAAGAGAGCAGCUAUGAGGAACUGGAUGAUGUUUCUUCUGCUGGGCUGCCCACCCUUCCUGCCAGCUUAGCAGCCCUAUUCCAGAUGCUCAGAAGCAGCCCCAGCAUCCUGCUCAUUUUGCUGGACCUCGUCUAUUCCAGCCCAGUGGACACAGCCCGCAAGGUACUGAUGAUCCUGAGGACCUUCCUGAGGAGGAAUGAAGAUGUCCAAGUGGAUGGUCUCAUCCGAGGCCACUUCUUGCUCAUCCUGCAACACCUGUUGGUGGAGCAUGGGGCCUCCCCGUCAGGAGCCUCGGGGAACCUGCCGCUGCUGCUGAGCCUCCUCUCUUUGGUACAGCUGAGGAACAAAUCAGAGCAAGAACUGGACAGCAUGGCCAUGAAACUGCUUCACCAAGUGAGCAAACUGUGUGGGAAGUGCAGUCCCAAUGAUGUGGACAUCCUGCAGCCUUCCUUCAACUUCCUGUACUGGAGCCUGCAUCAGACCACGCUCAGCAGUCAGAAAAGAGCUGCUGCAGUGCUCUUGAGCACCACAGCUCUGAUAGAGCUUCUGGAGAAGAUGCUGGCACUAACCUGGACAGAGAUGGGCUCUCCCACCUGGGCAGAGGCAAGCUCUCCCAGGACUGCACUGCUGUGCUCUGCCUGGCUGCUCACCGACUCCUUUUCUGCCCAGCAACACAGUGGCAGUUUGCAGGUUCACCAGACACUGUCCGUGGAACUGGACCAAUUAUUGAAGGCCCUCAGCUUUCCGAAGAAAAAGCCUGCACUGCUGUCAGCUGCCAUCUUACGUUUCCUGCGGACAGCACUGCAGCAAAACUUUUCCUCUGCCCUGGUGGCCCUGGCACCCUCAGGGUCCCAGCCACUGCCAGCUCCCGAGGAUAAUAUUCUAGCUCCAUUGGGAACAUCACAAGUGCUGGCCCUGGUGAUUGGACUACAGAACCUCCUUGUUCAGAAGGACCCUCUAUUGUCACAGGGCUGUGUUGGCUGCCUGGAGGCCUUGCUUGACUACGUGUAUGCCCGGAGCCCAGACCUUGCGCUCCAUAUGGCCUCCCAGCCCUGGAAUAGGUUUUUGCUGUUUACUCUCUUGGAUGCUGGAGAAAAUUCCUUCCUUAGAUCCGAGAUAUUGAGGCUUAUGACACUGUUUGUGCGGUACAACAGCAGCAGUGUCCUCUCUCAUGAAGAGGUGGGUCAUGUUCUGCAAGUUGCAGCUUUGGCAGACCUAUCUACCCUCUCAAAUACCACACGCAGAGCUCUUCGUGACUUCUUCCUUCAGGUCCAGAGUAUGGGCCUCCUGAUUAAUCACAGUACUACCCAGACCCUACAGGCCUCCUUGGAGGGCCUGUCCCUCAGUGCCUUCUCAGACCACCCGCUCCCGCAGGACAUGCUGUAUCCUUUCUUGCAUCUUGGAGCUUUGGCCUGGGCAAGGUUACCCAAGCUAUGAAGGCUGUGGCCUCAUGCUUCCCUCUUCAGUCCAAGUGGAAGAGCUGGUGAUUGGCAAGUCCCUUAGAAAGCUAGGGUUGUAACACUGGUCAGAGGCUCCUUGGGGAAUUGUUGAAGUGCUCCAAAGACAUUGUGGUGUAGGAGGUGCUUCCCACCCCCACCCCUGGCAGACUCCUUGGCUCUUUUCCCCUCCCACAGAACAGUUAUAGUAACUACUUAGCCCACAUAUGCGGGUCCCUGUUCUAGAAUUCAUGCCACUAUUUUUAGGAGCAUCUCUGCUGUGAUCAUUCUAGCCCUUUUGGGGGCCCUGGAAUUGUGAUUCCCCACAGUUGGCUCCACCUUUCUGCUGUUCUCCUCUCAUAUUUCAUUACCAGCUGCUUGGGAGGGGUGGCUGUAUCCAUGUCACACAUCAGAGACUGAGCCUCAGGACUUGAUGACCCAGAAACUGAGAGAAGUGAGACCUGGAGACAAAGGGUAUAAUUGGGGUGUGGGGAAGAGAUAAUUGCUGUCAUUUAUCUGAAGCCAUUUACUUCACUGUGGAAAUGGAAUCAAGAAAUAAAAUCAUAAACCCAUACCUGCA